AUGUCUCCAUCACAAGUGCUACACGCUCGCAACGAGACAACUAGCAGGCUCUAUGCAGACCCGCACAAUCCCCACCUUCAUCUUGAACGAGGCCUUCAAUAUGAAAAGCUGGGCUUCCCCGAUUUGGCCGCUGCAGAUGCAUACCAUGCCCUGGCACUGCUAGAGUCAGUGGUUGACCCAGACGAGUGCGAGUUCCAUGCCAGACGGAAGAUCAAUCCUUCCCAGCAAGUCCCCGGGAAUGAGGCAAAUGAAUCUGAUGACGAAGAUGAGGACAACACCGUCCCCAUCACCCAAGAAGAAUAUGAUGCCAUCAUUGACCCAGUAUACACACUUCUUGUACGCAGUCUCGUCCGCUGCGGCUGCUACCGCGAUGCAUUCGAGUUUGGCGUGCGCGGGUUGAACCUGCUCUCUUCUCCGGCAUCACUAGCUGCCCUGAACGAGCAGAUGGAUCUCGUCAAGAAGUUCUACAAAUCCCGCACUGGUUCUGAAUCCGAGAACAUCGAUCUGAAAUCAAUCGAUUCCAGUGUCCUCCCCGCACAGGGCUUCGCCCGCCGCGUCCUCUACCCCUGGAACGAGCACGAGCCUGACCGUCGCUCCCCAGAGACCCUCAAGAUGCUCAACGAGCGUCUAGCAGACAUCGCACCAAAGUGCGAAGUCCGUGCAGUGGCCUUACCAGUUCUCCACGCCUCAGCCGAAGAAUCCAGCAUGGACGUCUCCGUGCAACUCGGCCUCUUCGCGAAAGAAGAUAUCUCCCCAGACGAGAUCAUCCUGCGCGAAUCCUCGCUGCUCACAGCCACCAAUCGACUCCACGACGACCUCUGCGAUGCAUGCAAUGCACCACUCCCGGAACUCUCAGCCGCCGAGCCUCCCGUCGCCUGCGAGGGUGGCUGCGUAGAUAUCAUCUUCUGCAGCCAGAAAUGCCAUGACACAGCGCAGGAUGUCUACCACGGCGCGAUCUGCGGUCUCGAGGAUGGUCUCGAUUCUAUUGGCAAGGAUAUUGCUGAUCCUAAGGAUAAGGCUGAUUACCUGUAUCUUCUUCUGCUGGGCAGAUCGUUUGCCAUGUCCGCUACACAGGACAAGCAUCCGCUUGAUCUUCCCGAAGUCAAGUACAUCUGGGGUGAUUUCCACGACUUCGAUAUUGAGUCUCUGUCCACAGAGAAAGAGACAAUGCCCGCUACAGAUGAUACUGCCACUUUGCCUUUCUCUUUCCAGCUCAAUGUUCUGCAGCCGGAACGUUUCCUCGAUGAGAUGGGUUUGGAUCCUUAUGCUGUUAUUAAUCGCUACGAUACAUGGGUCUUGAACACGCUGUUUGCUAAGUUCCGUGGAACGGCGUCGGGUCGGUUGUCGACUUGGGAUGGAGGCCCAGAGCUGUGUGCUGUUCAUCCGUUGUGGUGUCUUGCUAAUCACUCGUGUGAUCCCAACGUGACUUGGGAAUGGAGUAGCGAAAUUAAUUUCCGUGCGCGGAGAGAUGAUGAGACGGCUGUUUGGUCGCGCGGGGCUGAGAUGAAGGAGCCUAGACGUGGGGGUAUUGCUAAGGAUUCUGAGAUUCUGAAUCAUUAUUGUGAUAUUGGGUUGUCGGUUCAGAAGAGGAGAGAGUGGGCUUCCGGGGCUUUGGGUGGGAAUUGUUUGUGUCAUAGAUGCGUUUGGGAGGCUGGGGAGACCGAGUAG